AUCAGUCAGUUUUUCGUGGCCUUUCAAAUCACGUCGCCGUAGAUAUAAUACUUUUAUUAAAGUGUGUGAAUAUAUUAUAUUCUUCCAACAUUGAAUACUUCUAAAGCAUUAUUUGCUGUAGUUCAUUUUUAACACGAUAUAUAACUUUCCAAUUAAUAUUCUGUUUCGAAAUAUUCGUUUGGUAGCUGCUACUCAUUUCCAUAUAAUAGGCGCUCGACAAUUGUCUUCAUGUUGGAGUCAACAAAAUUUAUUGUUAGAAGCAACUUUUAACAUAUCUAUAGGAUGUAAUCAAUGCACGGCUUUGUCAAAUAUGCCAUUGCAAAAUACAGAAAAAAACAAGCACAAUAUAUUAUUGAAACGCUUCGAUACCACACCUGCAAUGUCGCCGUAUCUUGCAACAAUAAUUGUAUCCAAUUACUUAUCACGUGUUGAUAAUAAUACUCAACAUAUUCAAAUGUGGUGCAGAAACGAAUUUGUAUUUUACAUGAAAUUUGCAAAAAAUGUAGCUGAAGAAAUCACGUUGUUGUUCAAAAAUACAUGGAAACAACAUUCAAACAACAUUUCGAAAGUGACUCAUGUUGCAAUACCAAAUUUUCUUGAUAAUGGCAUAAUAGUUUUUGGACUUGUUUUUUAUAACGAAAUGGAUAUCGUUUACAAUAAAAAUUUGUAUUCUGUUGCUCACAAAAUCGAAGUAGCUCAAUUAGUAGGACAUAAAGUGACACAGCAAUGGUUUUAUAAUCUGAACAAUCCGUUUCGAUCGGCUUCUUGGUUCAACAAAGCUCUUACUACAUUGCUUGCAAUAAAUACUGUCAAUAAGGUUAUUUUAAAUAAUUUUAAUGUUAUCACCUCCCACUUUCUCGGAAACGAUAACAUACUUAAGCAUUUAUAUAGCAAGAUUUUCGUACAUUAA